UUAAAGUUUUCACUUCUGCAAGAAGUUGCUGUGAAAGAGUUGAAUUUGGAAGCUUCCAUUCAUAUACAUAGUUAAGAGCAGACGAGUCAAAUUGCACAGCUGUGUGAGUCCAAUCAGAAUGUGAUGCAACUUUUACACCCUCUGGUGUUGAGACAAGAUCAAUCCCUAAGCGGCACAUCAGAUCUCGGCCAAUAAGAUUUACUGGGCACAAAUCUGACAACAAAAAUGAAUGUUUGAAAGAAAAUCCUUGAGGAGUUUUACAUGAAAUAGGGGUAGUAAUUCUCUCCUUUACUACCUGACCUGAGGCAGACACUGAAUAGACGUAGUUACCACUAAGUUUUGGUGGAAUAUCAAAUUCUUUUUUUCUCACAAUUGGAGAUGUUGCUCCGGAGUCAACCAUAAAGGACACUUUUUUCCCUGAAAUAGUCAAAUCAAAAGUAGGGAAGGCCUUGUAUGCGUCAGAUGCAAAAUGAGCAUAAGUUUGUGUUUUCAAGCCAUAUUUCACCUCCAAGCCAGAAAUUGCAUUUAGAAUUUUGUUACUGUGUCACUGUCAGCAAGCAGCUCUUCUUUACCAGAAACAGGAAAAACAGGAGACUCAUUCAAACUCUCACAAUCAGCAAGCAGCUCUUCAUUGCAAGGAGCAGGAUCAUUUACAUUCACACAAUUUGUUUGUAUGCGUGUGUGUGUGUGUGUGUGGGUGUGUGUGUGUGUGUGUGUGUGUGUGUGUGUGUGUGUUGGUAUAUAUGGUUUAGCCUGCCUUUUGACCUGAAUACGUACUUACGUUACGCGGACCUAGGGGUAAUACGCGGACAGUGCCAAUGUCCGCAUAAAUCAUGGAGUGUAUUUUAAAUUUUGAGUAUCUAAACAACACUUUUUCUCAUAAAUCUAAAGUUUUAUAGGAACUAUGCCAGUGUUUGCAUGAUUUGGACCAUGUAUUUGUACUUUUCACUGAAUAAACAGCGUGAUAUCUCACUUUCUUUAAUUGUCCUUUUAUACCAUGUAACCUGAGUUUUGUGUAUUCCAGUGUAUAACACAGCGCCGCCUGAUGUCAGUGUAUGAAUUGCAGUUUUACACACAUUUUUAUACACUACGCGCGCUUUUAGCCAGUCAUCAUCUGAUUGGCUGGAAAAAAACUGUGGGCGUGUCUUAUUACCAAACCAUCCCAGACGCAAGGUUUUUAAAAAUUAAAUCCUCAUUUGAAGCCGCAGCCCUCAAUAUGGACGUGUUGGUGGAAUAACUGUGCACAGGUAAGCAUUAAUGGUAAAUUAAAAUAAUUUUUGCCUAGAUGAAGUUAUUUACAAGUAAAUAACUGCAGAUGCAAGAAAGGUUUUUGAGCAAAAUGAAAUAGUUUAGAUUUUAAUUUAGGUGACAUUAAAGCUAAGCAACUUAUUUUAGAUAUUUGCAUCAAGUAGCUUAAAUAUGUAUGCUUUUAUGACUGAAAAGACUUACCUGAAGCAGUAUAGUUUUUAUUCUGAGUGUUUUAAAGUAAGAGACUAGCUGGGCUAGGAGAGCUAGCUUCCUAGCUAGAGCUAGCCUCCUAGCUAGAAACAGGUGUUUGACAAGUUGACAAUAUUUGGGGUAGGUGGUACCUGUGUGGUACCUACUACCUAGCUUUUGGUGAUAAAAGUUGGGUGAUGAACUGUAAGGUUUUCAUCAUUAUAUUUAACAAUAUUGGUGAACUGCUUGCUUUAUGUUAGCUAAUUGCACCGUAGUGAUGCUUGUUAAGCUCGUUAAGCUUGAUUUCAAGCAGGAGAUUAAUAAGAAGCAAACCCACAGGUUUCUGUGAAACUUGUUUAUCUUUUGGAAAAGCACCAAUGGUUGAAGGUUUUAAUAAUUGGCUGCAAUAGGGCUGGUGCAUCAAUGGCUUUAAAGCUGUGUACUGUAAUCACUUUCAUGACUUAAAUGCUGAAAGUGUAAAUCAAGAGUCCUCAAAUUUAGGCAAAUAUCGGUGUCCUUCAAUUUUUAAAUGUGUAUUUGUACCUGAAUCAAUUAGCUGAAUAACCUCCUCAUAUGCAGCCAAAUUCUCCAGAUUUCUGACCACAUUAUUUGACUUAGGUGUGUUGAAGCAGAGAUGCAUCUAAAAGUUGGAGGAGACUGUCCCUGGAGGACUGAUUAAAACUGUUUAAUUAAAGAUAAAUAGGACUUCUCUAAUAAAAUUCAUUUGUGCAACAAACUACCCUUUUUCCUUAAAGUAUGGCUCAAAUGUUUUUGUAAGGCUGUACUAUUGGCUGAACAUCAAUAUAUUGAACAUUGAACUAUUUGUAGAUGGUAAAGCACUUUUUUAAAUCAGUGAUUAAAUAAAUUAUAGUGUUGGUGUUUUAUCUGAGCUGUGUGUCUUGCAUGCAUAACAUGUUUCCAUAUUUAUAAUUAAAUUUUUAGCUUUAACAUUUGUAGGAAUUACAAAGACGCUUGUAAUUCCUUCUUUGACUGUUAUAACUUUUCAUACAUGUCAGUAAAACAUGCAGAGGCGAAGACGCAUAAAUCCGAAGGAAGAUGCCAAAUAUUAUAUUGAUACCAAAACGGACAAAGUGGGGCUUGACGUCACGUACAUCAAUGCCUUUAAAGGUCGUGGUAUCUUUGCCACAACCUCUUUUCAGAAAGGAGACUUUCUGUGUGAAUAUCGAGGUGAACUGAUCAGUAAAGAGGAAUGUGAGAGGAGACAGAGAGUUUACCAUGACAACCUUAAAGUAUUCUUGUUUGAAUUCUAUUUUAAUGGAAAACUCUGGUGUGUUGAUGCAGCAAAAGAAGAUUGCUCCCUUGGAAGGCUUAUAAACGAUGACAAUAUCAGCCCAAAUGCCAAAAUGAAGUAUUUGACCGUCCAACAAAAGCCACAUUUGUGUUUAUUUGCAACUCGAGAUAUCAAUCAGGGAGAAGAGAUUACGUACAAUUAUGGGGACUCAGACUGGCCAUGGCGACUCAAGAACUCCAGUGGGAUGUCUUCAACUGGACAAGAUGUUGAGGUGCCAUCCACAUCACAGUUGGUUUCAUACUAUGGACCGGUAUCAAGCAAAGACCAAAUAAAGAUCAGAGCUGAAAAUGACCAGGAUCAGAUGAUAACCAGUGUCCCAAACGAGACAGAUCCAGUCCUGGAUUCACUCCCCAUCAAGGAAUUGGAGGAAGAAAUGUCCCAAAGUCCUGACUGUCCUCGUACAACUUCUUCAGCUGGCAACACAGAACAGUGUCAAAAACAUCACUUGAUGUGCACAACAGUAUCCUCUUUGGAGAAGUGUACUCAGUGUUUUGGACCUUGUUCUUCAUUCAAGUGGGUUGGCUACCAGUGCAAAGGUUGUUCAAAAGUCUGGCAUUCAUACUGCCUUAAACAAAUUAUAAAGGAUGACGGAUCUCAGGCAAAAGAACUGUUUAAGUAUUCCAUAGCUGACUCCUCAUCAGAUAACAACACAUCACCUUCCAAAGAAUGUGAAAUGUCAGACGAUGACCAUGCAUCUGAUAUUGACUACAUACCAAAUUCAGAAUCUGCCGAAGCUGAUGAAGACUCAGAUGUUAGCAUCCCUCUUCAGCCCAUCAAGUCUAAAACUCAAAAGAGCGCAAUGUUCUUCUAG